CAGGGGCGGGACUUAUCGCGCUUCCCCUCUCAGACUAUAAAUACCACCUCCCACGCCCGCGCUGGGUUAGAGUUACCCGACACGCAACAAGGAGAUACCGUCUUCCCGGAAAAUAAACACAAAAGGUAAAAUAUGGCUCGUACCAAGCAGACCGCUCGUAAAUCCACCGGAGGAAAAGCUCCGAGGAAGCAGCUGGCCACCAAAGCUGCCAGGAAAAGCGCGCCCUCCACCGGCGGAGUGAAGAAGCCGCACAGAUACAGGCCCGGUACUGUUGCUCUGCGUGAGAUCCGUCGGUACCAGAAGUCCACCGAGCUGCUCAUCAGGAAGCUGCCCUUCCAGCGUCUCGUCAGGGAAAUCGCCCAGGAUUUCAAGACAGAUCUGCGUUUCCAGAGUGCGGCUAUCGGUGCUCUGCAGGAAGCCAGCGAGGCAUACCUGGUCGGACUGUUUGAGGACACCAAUCUGUGCGCCAUCCACGCAAAGAGGGUUACCAUCAUGCCCAAGGACAUCCAGCUGGCCAGGCGAAUUAGAGGGGAGCGCGCAUAGAUGAUUGAAUCCGAUCUUUUUAGGGGGUUGGGGGUGGGUGGGAUUGACCGGGGUUUGUUUUGUAAAUCUUGAACUAUUACCAGCAUGUGUGCCACCUAAUUUGUCAUUUGUAGUUUCAGGCAUGUUUUUGUUUUUUUUGUACUUUCCUUUGUCAUGUCAAUCUUGACUUUCUCCUCCAACUGUCUUAUCCACAGUAGAAUAGAGCUCAUUUCUGUAAAUGCUGAAAAAAUAUCCACUGCCUUUCUCAGGUUUGCAAAUCUAUUUUAGACUCCAUACUUUUCUUUUUUUUAAAUCCUGUGUGCAUGUCAUAGGAUUUCUUGUUGUGCUGUAAAUAAACUGUCCGCUACCUCAAA